CCCCAUCAAUGCUACGUCACAAGACAGGCUCCCUGUGGGCUUGUUCAUGCCAGGCGGUAGCUUCAGGGGUGGCGGCCUAGACGCUCCUCAUCACAUACCGGCGGGAUGGGUUGAUCGUAGCCAGAAGCACAUAAUGGUAACAAUCAACUAUAGAGUCAACAUCUUCGGAUUCCCAAAUGCAAUCGGGCUAGAAGAUCAGAACCUCGGAAUUUUGGACCAAAGACUGGCACUUGAGUGGGUGCAUGCCAACAUCGAUGCUUUCGGAGGUGACCCCAACCGAAUCACGUUAUGGGGUCAUUCAGCUGGUGGAGUUUCGGCAGAUGUUCUAAACUUUGCAUACCAUGAAGAUCCAUUGGCAGCCGGUUUUUUUCUCAUGUCAGGGGCCGCCAUGCGGACAUUUGCCCAGGGCGACAAUGCGCUACAGACAAACUUCACGCAUGUUGCCAAGGAACUUGAGUGUGACUUCCCAGCCGACGCCGAGGCUGAACUUGAAUGCAUGCAGCAAGUCCCAGUAAGUUUGAUCACGAAUUUUGUCGGCCAUUAUGGGGAUGACGAGAAGAAACCUCGUUUAUUUUUUCGACCAACCGUCGACGACAAGGUCAUAUUCGAGGACUACACGGAAAGGGCUGAACAGGGUUUAAUAUCGAGAGUACCAGCUCUCAUAAGCGAUACCUCAAAUGAACAGUCGAGCCUCAUCACAUACCCGAUCGACAAUCUACCAGCUGGUCCUAAUAUGACUGACGUCGAUAAAGGUACUUUAGACGACUUCAUAUGCCCAGCAUUCAACUCGUCGAAUAUCCGAAGCCUUAAUAAUCUCACUACGUACCGGUACCAAUAUGCUGGAAACUACUCAAACCUGACACCAUUUUCGUGGAUGGGAGCCUAUCACGGCGCUGACCUACCUAUGAUUUUUGGAAGCUAUAAUCUCACAGGAGAUGCCACCGACUUCCAGAAGCAAGUAGCAGAAGCCAUGCAGGAUUAUGUAUUAGCUUUUAUAACAGAUCCUGAGAAUGGCCUAAGGAAUUCAGGCUGGCUACCAAGUAAUGCGAUUUUAAAGGGGGACAUGGUGCGUUUUGGUGGGGGUGACAUGAUAGUUCAAAAUAUCAGCUCGUCGGACAUUGAUAGCGCAUGUACGGGCAAAGGGCUAUACGAUUCACAUCCGGAUUGAUGACGGUGGAUUGAAAUUUUAAAACUGAUUAAUUGAAUGUAUCAGACUUUGAAGGGAUAGGCGAGACUGUUAAACUUAUGAUUUCGAAAAC